CACAUUCAUGCUGCUGGUUUUUACAUUAGCUGCUUCUUCCCAAUGUGUAACCUCAUGUAUGAUUACAACAUCAGUCUGGACAAACGUGUUAUCCUUUGAUCUUCUAAAGACGAAGCUUUUUCUUUAACAGACCCGGCAAACGGGAGAAGAGAAAGUCAAGUUUCUUCGAGUCAAAAAUUGGAAACAGUGAUAACAUUUGUUUGAUCGAUCAGCUGAUGGAGGAAGAAAAGCCGUGGGUGCUGAUCUCUGAGGUUGGGGGGGACCAUGGGUAUCUGGCAGAACUGGCUGAUAUUGUGAAGCAGCACUUCCACAUCAUCUGCUACAAGGAACUCCUGGAGAACCCAGAGCUUUACGGUCCUAAAGUCCAGGCCUUGUUGAACUGGAAGUUCUGCCCUGUGGUGGAACCUGAGCUGCUCAGACUGCUUCCUUCUCUCAAGGUUGUGGCCAGCGGUGGGGUGGGCGUCGACCAUCUGGACGUGCCCUUCAUCAACAGCCUUGGUGUGAAGGUGGCGAACACUCCGGGAGUGGUUAGCGACUCCACGGCAGAUUUAGCCAUGGCGCUGCUUUUGGCUUCAGCUCGCAGGAUUUUGGAGGGUCAUCAGGUUGCCAUCGACCCAAAGACGGUUCUUAUUCCUCAAAGGCUCAUGGGAGUUGAAGUGACAAACGCCUCCCUUGGCAUCAUCGGAAUGGGCGAGAUCGGGCACAAGAUCGCCCAAAGAGCCAAAGGUUUCGACAUGAAGAUUGUGUACCACAACAGGAGGAGAAGGAGUGCAGAGGACGAGCGGGCGGUGGGAGCGAAGUUCUGCGAGAGUCUGGACGAGCUGCUCGGCCGCUCCGACUUUGUGAUGGUCGCGGUGAAACUGACUGCUGAAACCAGAGGCCUGAUUGGACACAGAGAGCUGUCAAUCAUGAAGCCCACAGCGACAUUGGUCAACAUCAGCAGAGGGCAGGUCGUGGACCAGAACGCUUUAGUUGAUGCUCUUCAGUCGGGACGGAUCCGAGCCGCCGCUUUAGACGUGACUCAUCCUGAACCUUUACCCAGGGAUCAUCCUCUCCUGGGACUCCCCAGCGUCCUCAUAACCCCCCACAUCGGGAUCAACACCUUCACCACAGCGAGGCGGAUGGUGGAGAGGAUGGUGAGGAACGCCAGGGCUGCUGUGGAGGGCUCACCUGUCCCAGAUGAAGUCAAGCUGCAGUGAAAACGACUCAUCGGUGGCAUCCAUGGAGCUCGACGCUCAGCAGCAAAACAGGCUUUCAUCUUUCACCGAAAAUCUCAGAGAUCCUUGUUUGUUUGUUGUUUUAAUCUGGGUGUGACUUGUAAUAAUCCUGAUUUGAAAAUAAAAGCCUUGUUUAUCCUUUCAGAUCA